CCUCAGGGAAUAAAUCCUUAGCCCUAACGGAUCUCCCCUUCCCUCGCUUCGACGGCAAACCGCCGAUACCUUGCCAGUGCUCGCCUUGUAAAGCCCUAGCCUCCUCUGCCUCGCCGAAGCGGUCGUCGUAUCGGAAGUCAGGACGGAAGCUCGUGACGAAGAAGGUAGCUUCUAUUUCUAAUGAUGUUUGGAAUGUAGAAACAUGUAGACAGUGGUGAUGUGUGAGAAUUAUUUAUCAAAUUUGCAAAAGAAAACAGAGAUUCCACCCUCAGGUUCUUUUGCUGAGUAAUAAAGAAUGCCUAGGGAAUUGAUUAACGCCAAUCCUGUUGUGCAUGGAAAGAAAGAAAGGCGUGUUAGGAAUGAUUCGCCAAAUAUUGAUGAGUAUGCGGAAGAGUCCAUUGAUCAACAAGAAAUUUUUGAUCAUAUUAGGGAUAUAAAAGACCCUGAACACCCGUACUCAUUGGAAGAAUUGAAUGUUGUUUCAGAAGACUCAAUUGAAGUCAAUGACAAGCUAAACCAUGUCAGGGUCACUUUUACUCCUACUGUUGAGCAUUGUAGUAUGGCUACCAUUAUUGGACUUUGCAUACGUGUGAAACUUAUGCGCAGUCUACCUUCGCGUUACAAGAUUGACAUAAGGUUGGCACCUGGAAGUCAUGCAACAGAAGCUGCAGUGAACAAGCAGUUGAAUGACAAAGAACGUGUAGCUGCGGCAUUGGAAAAUCCAAACCUUGCAGAAGUGGUCGCUGAGUGUUUGGCACCUACUUUUGCUUAGAUUCAGUAAUUUUCCUCUUCAAGAACACAUAGUCGACUGUAAUUUUAUGUAAGAAUGUCAAGGGUUGUUUACCGGUGCCAUGGUGUUAGUGACCAUAGUGAUUUACACAUAUAUAGAGAUUUAGGCUUCGUUUGGGACGCCUUUUUUACUGCCUUUAAAGUAAAUUUUUAGUAUAAAAAUUUUAAUUUUGUACUAGAAAGUUAUUUUAAGAAGCAGUAAGAAAGUAGUCCCAAACGAAGCCUUAGAUUUACCAAACUCACUGUGCGAGGCAUUCUUGAUAAUAAUCAUCCAUAUAUGUUAUUCUUUGUUGUCAAAAUUUUGGCAUACACUUGUUUGUUAUUUAUUUAUUUAUUUGCUAAACAAACAGUUUUGUUGUAAUGUAUAAAACUUUUUGUGCACUUCUCUUUAUUAUAUAGCGUAAUUAUACCCUUUGAUUUUAA